CAAUUAAUACCUAAUAACUAGGCUGGAUUGUCCAAAAUUAAGGGGAAAUGCUGUCAAUUUUUUUCUAAAAUAUUAUCAUACUAAUACAACUGUCUUAAUUUUUAUUUAUUUUAUACCAGAAAUACUUUGAUUGGCAAGAGGUGACUCCACUAGUAAAGGAAGCUUGGAGGCGUAAGGCUGCAGAGCGCUAUAAGGCCCUAAUGUGCAAUGUCAGGAAAGGAAAAUCCAAGGUCAUCGUGCCUAAUAGUACAAUGCAAAAAUGGAAGGAGGCAUGGAGUAGCCCAGAGUUUAAAGCCAAGAGCCAUCAGUUCACUGCUAACCGUUGUAGUGAGAUAGGGGGAGUUGGGGCAGGCAUCUCUAGACACACAGGGGGUUCAGUUUCACAUGCUACUCACGCAGAUAGAAUGGAAGCCCAGCUUGGCCGAAGACCUUUUCCUUAUGAACUUUUCCAUAAGACCCACACUAGGAAAGGCACCUCCGAUAUGGUUGAUUCACGAGCGCAAUCAAUUAAGGAUGCAUUUUUGGCGCUUAAGGAGCAGUCGUCUCAACCACAAGAGGGGUGCAGUGACCCUCCUAUUGUAGAUGAGGUCGCACUAUAUUAUCAAGUUGUGGGGGGGGAGAAGAAGAACAGGGUUUAUGGCAUUGGAUCUCAAGCAUCAAUUUUUUACCCUAGCUCAUCACAUGGAUCAUCUUCUACUGCAUCCUAUUGUGCUCAGUCAGAGGCAAUGGAGGAAGAGAUUCAACAAUUGCAUCAGACUAUUGCAACGCUCAAGGAUAGUUUGGUUGCAAUGGAGGAGAGAGAUCGACAACGCGAGUUGAUGCUAGAGGAGAGAUAUAGAAAACGUGAGCAGACACUGGAGGAGCGCAUGCAACAAAUGAUGCAAAACAUGAUGGCACAAAUGAUGCAGGGUACGCAGUUUACAGCCCCAACUCCACAUGCGACUCAUCAAGAUGAUGGUAGAGAAGCUGAUAGUGGUGAUGAGUGAUUAUCUUGUUGAUGA